AUGCUGGGCUCCUUGAUUCUGCUGUGGAUCAGCUUCUGCCUCCUCCUCUUCCUCUUCAGAACUCAGAGGCCAAAAAACUUCCCCCCUGGACCCCGUCCCGUCCCAGUUUUUGGGAACCUGCUGCAGCUGAACCUGAAAAAUCCCCUUAACGACCUACAGAAGCUGGCAGGGCGGUAUGGGAAGGUGUUCAGUCUGUACAUCGGGAGCAGGCCGGCCGUGGUGAUUAGCGGUAUGCAGGCCAUGAAGGAGGCGCUGGUCACUCGAUCGGUGGAAUUCGCAGGACGACCUCAGGACCUGAUGGUCAACGAUGUAACCAACAACAAAGGAGUCGUCUUGCUGAAUUAUGGGCCCUACUGGAAGGAACAGCGGAGAUUUGCCCUGAUGCUGCUGCGGAAUUUUGGCAUGGGGAAACAAUCCAUGGAGGAGAGGAUUCUGGGAGAGAUUUCACACAUAAUCUCACACUUGGAAAAGAAUGCUGGCAAAACCACAGACCCCCAGAUUCUGUUCCACAAGGCUGCGUCCAAUAUCAUCAGCAGCGUCCUGUUCGGGACUCGGUACGAGCAUGACGACGAGUUUCUGAAGCUCAUCGUUCGCAUCUUCACCGAGAAUUCAAAGAUCGCCAACGGUCCAUGGGCUAUGGUUUAUGAUUCUUUGCCUUUGUUGAGGGGCUUCCCGCUGCCCUUCCGAAAAGCCUUUCAGAACAUGGAGACUGUGCUGAAGUUCACAGCAGACCUGGUGGCCCAGCAUAAGAAGACCCGAAUCCCAGGAGAUCCACGGGACUUUGUGGACUGCUACUUGGAUGAAGUGGAAAAGAGAGGUGACAAUGGUUCCUCCUUCGGUGAAAGACAGUUGGUCUCUUUUAUGGUCGACCUCUACUUCGCGGGAACGGACACCACCUCCAACACGCUCCUCACUGCCUUCCUGUACCUCAUGACUCACCCAGACGUGCAGGAGAGGUGUCAGGGGGAGAUUGACGCGGUGCUCGGGGAGAAGGAACAGGCCUCUUACGAGGACAGACACAGGAUGCCCUACAUGCAGGCCAUGAUCCACGAGGCCCAGCGAGUCGCUGACACUGUUCCCCUUAGCGUGUUCCACACCACCACCAAAGACACCCAGCUGAUGGGCUACGACAUCCCCAAGGGCACCCUCAUCAUUCCCAACCUCUCCUCUGUUCUGAGUGAGGAGAGCCAGUGGAAGUUUCCCCAUAACUUCAACCCUGAGAACUUCCUAAACCAACAGGGGGAGUUUGUGAAGCCAGAGGCCUUCAUACCCUUCUCUGCAGGGCCUCGAGUGUGUCUGGGAGAGGGUCUUGCUCGCAUGGAGCUUUUCCUGAUUUUGGUGACCCUGCUGCGCCGGUUCCAGUUUGUCUGGCCUGAGGAUGGUGGGGUACCUGACUACACCCCUGUUUUUGGGAUCACCCAGACACCCAAACCCUACAGAAUGGGCAUCAGGCUGAGGGGAACCUAGAGAGGGUGAACCAGCAGACACCCUACAGAGGCUCCCCUGAUGUUAUGGACAUCAGCUGGUCACGUGAUGAGAAACAAACUAACAUUUUCCUCUAAAAUUGUUGAGUAGCAUUUUAUACACAUUUCAUCAGCUUGUAUUUUAAAAAUAUAUUUUUGUUAUAAGGGUCAAUUGUGGGUACAUGACAGAUAAUCUGAAUUGCUCAGUCGUUUUGAUCUAGAUCUAAAUAAUAUAAUUUACAUAUAUUUAGAUAAGCAGGGAGAGAAGUGUUAUGUUUCAGGGCUGAGCCUGCAACCGUCCUAGGUGUCCACUGUCCAGCAGUAUAACUGGAUGAUAUGUUAAAAACAUCAUAUAGAUAUCUUUAAUCAACCCAGAGUCAGAUCCCAGAGAGAAACAUGAGCAUGUAACCAUCCUAGGUGUUACCCUGUCAUUGUCCAACAGUGUAACUGGACGAUAUGUAAAAAAACUGAAGGCAAUGGAAAUUCAUAAGGAUGAGGGUGUGUGCAAAAUAAAGCAUUUUUGGCAGUAGA